AUGGGUGUAAUAUCCAAAAGGCGAAAAAAAAUCAAAUCUUGAAAUGCCCUGAGAAGUGAACAUGAACACUCUUCCCGUCGUCUCCCUCAUCACACCUUCUUCUUCUUCAUUCAAGUUCUUCCAGUUUCCUUCUCUCCAUCGUUCUCUCUCUCAUUCCCCAAGCUUCUGCUUCACCAAAUCCCUAAUCUUUAAUCCAAAAAAACUCUCUUUCGAAUCCUCCUUGAAUUCUCUCUCACCGUCGCAGUCUCAGCUCUCCGAAGAGUACGAGGAAGAAGAAGAGGAGGAGGAAGAAGAAGAAGACGAAGACGAAGAAGACGAUGAUGACGACGACGAAGCAGCGGAUGAAUACGAAAAUAUCUCCGAUGAAUUUCGGAACAUCGACGACGACGACGAAACCGAGUUCUCGGUGGAUUUGCCGACGGAAGAAUCGGCUCGGGAACGAGUUGAGCUUAGGUGGCAAAGAGUUGAGAAGCUUCGUAGUCUCGUUCGAGAUUUUGGAGUUGAGAUGAUUGAUAUCAAUGAACUCAUCUCAAUCUAUGAUUUUCGAAUCGACAAGUUUCAGAGAUUGGCUAUUGAAGCUUUUCUUAGAGGUUCGUCUGUUGUGGUCUCUGCUCCAACGAGUAGUGGGAAGACUUUAAUUGCUGAAGCAGCAGCUGUUGCUACGGUGGCUCGAGGUCGACGGUUGUUCUACACUACACCUCUUAAAGCACUCUCUAAUCAGAAGUUUCGUGAGUUUAGGGAGACGUUUGGAGACGAUAACGUUGGUCUACUCACAGGUGACUCUGCUAUUAACAAAGAUGCUCAGAUUGUGAUCAUGACUACAGAGAUUCUUAGGAACAUGUUGUAUCAAAGUGUUGGAAUGGCUUCUUCAGGAACUGGACUUUUUCAUGUUGAUGCAAUUGUUUUGGAUGAGGUUCAUUAUUUAAGUGACAUAUCUAGGGGAACUGUGUGGGAAGAGAUUGUUAUUUAUUGCCCAAAGGAGGUUCAACUUAUAUGCCUAUCAGCUACAGUUGCAAACCCUGAUGAAUUAGCUGGUUGGAUUGGUGAGAUACAUGGUAAAACUGAGUUGGUAACAUCGACAAGACGUCCAGUUCCAUUAACUUGGUACUUCUCAACAAAACGUUCUUUAUUACCUCUGCUUGACGAGAGAGGGACAAACGUGAAUAGGAAGCUGUCUCUCAGUUAUUUGCAACUCUCUGCCUCAGAAGCUAGAUUUCGUGAUGAUGAUGACGCGUAUAGGAAAAGGAGGUCAAAAAAACGAGGGGGUGAUACCAGCUACAACAACCUUGUGAACGUUACUGAUUAUCCUCUUUCAAAGAAUGAGAUAAACAAGAUUCGCCGAUCACAGGUACCUCAAAUUAGCGACACAUUAUGGCAUCUCCAGGGAAAAAAUAUGUUACCAGCGAUAUGGUUCAUUUUUAACCGUAGAGGAUGUGAUGCAGCUGUACAGUAUGUUGAAAAUUUUCAGCUUUUAGAUGAUUGCGAGAAGAGUGAGGUUGAGUUGGCCUUGAAGAAGUUUCGCGUUCUUUAUCCAGAUGCAGUGAGAGAGAGUGCAGAUAAAGGACUGCUUAGGGGAAUCGCUGCUCAUCAUGCUGGCUGUCUACCUCUUUGGAAAUCUUUCAUUGAGGAAUUGUUUCAGCGAGGACUUGUUAAGGUAGUCUUUGCUACUGAGACGCUUGCUGCUGGAAUAAACAUGCCAGCUAGAACGGCUGUUAUUUCGUGUCUAACAAAAAAGGCUGGUAGUGAACGAAUACAGUUGGGUCCUAACGAAUUGUUCCAGAUGGCUGGACGUGCUGGACGUAGAGGCAUUGAUGAGAAGGGCUAUACUGUGCUGGUUCAGACUGCUUUUGAAGGCGCUGAAGAGUGCUGCAAACUUGUUUUUUCUGGAGUUAAACCUCUCGUGUCACAGUUUACUGCUUCAUAUGGCAUGGUGCUGAAUCUGGUAGCUGGUUCAAAAGUUUCUCGUAAAUCAAGUGGAAAUGAGAACGGGAAAGUCUUACAAGCAGGGAGAAGUCUGGAAGAAGCCAAGAAAUUGGUUGAGAAGAGUUUUGGAAACUAUGUGAGCAGCAAUGUGAUGGUUGCCGCAAAGGAGGAACUUGCUGAAAUUGACAAGAAGAUCGAGAUUCUGUCAUCCGAAAUAAGCGAUGAAGCAAUAGAUAAGAAGAGUAAGAAACUUCUUUCAGCGAGGGACUACAAUGAGAUCACUGUACUGAAGCAAGAGCUGCGGGAGGAGAAACGCAAGCGUGCUGAACUACGAAGAAGGAUGGAGCUCGAAAGGUUCUCCGCGCUAAAACCUCUAUUAAAAGGGAUGGAAGAGGGUAACUUACCAUUUAUUUGUUUGGACGCAGCAGCUGCAGCAGACAUCAUGGACCGUCCACCAAUCAGUGAGCUUGCCGGUUAA